AUGGCAUCUAACAAACGUUCAUUCGAGUCAGGUACUGUUGAUGCUAGCGUUCGCUCCAAAAAGACCAAGGCCAAUACUACAACAGAAGCCAAACUCGAUUCUAAUGGAGAUCGUUACUGGGAAAUUUCCAAGAUGCGACGAGUCACCAUAACUUCUUUUCGUGGGAAAACUCAAGUGAAUGUCAGAGAACAUUAUGAAAAGGACGGGCAAGUGUUGCCUGGUAAAAAGGGUAUCUCUUUGCCCGUGGAUCAAUUCGCUGCGCUCAUCUCCAUUCUACCCGAGAUUGAGCAGACCUUGGAGGAAGGGGGAGAAACUCUGCCUCGACCUAAGUAUUCGGCGGGGGAAGGGCAAGCCGACAAAGCAAUGGAAGGACAGGUAUCUUCGGAUACGCGCAGUCCAUCAAAGCAGAAUAUCGAGGCGACAAGUGAUGAGGAGAGUGAAGCAUGA